GGCGAUAUGGUCCCCUAGAUUGGUCACAGUUCACCUGAGAAGAGGAGAAAGUGAAAGCAUACACAUUGGCUGCUGGACGUUGCGCAGAGAAGUUUUUAUGAUGGUUUUUACGGAUCCUAAUCCAUUUGACGAACGUGUGUUGGGUCUUUACAGAGCUGUCAGAUGGAUCUGGUUUCCCUUUUAUUGUACUCACUUUGUAUUGUGAUGAUCUGUGCGCCCGGGCCUGCGCAGGGCUCGACCGGCGACCAAACCCGUUGUCCAUGCCCAGAUAUUCCAACAAGACCUCUGACUGAACCUCCAAAUGGGACCUGUUUAACCAAAUUUCGCUAUGUAUGUAUCCACGGUUAUGUGAGGAAGGCAGGAACCUCAAACCUCAUCAAAUGCAAUGGAGCUGAUGGUGAUUCACAGGGUACCUGGUCCACCCCCAGCCUCGAAUGUAUACCUGACCCAAGAAUAACCACAACGCCACAAACGCCAGGCCAAGCAGAAACAACAGCAGCCUCCACCAGUCAACAGAUGACUCAGAGUAUGAUACCCUCAACUACAGAGGCUGCAGAAACAAACAGCACAGAGCCCACCUCCCUCGUGACAGAUCACUCACAGGCAUAUUUUGUGACACAAACAGCAGGCGUAAAGACAACACCAAUCCCGACCACCACAAGAUCUUCAGACAACAGCACAGCUGAUCCUCUCGUGUGGAAUGAACAAAGCCAUGGGACAGCUGCUGGAGUAACCUGUGCUGCUUUGGCAAUCGUCUGUGGUGUAAUUGGAAUAAGCUUUUGGUGUUACAGGAGGAAAAAAAGCAACAUCCCCCCACCCACAAGAGAAGAACAGACACCUAUGAAUCCAGUUCCGCCUGAGCAGGAGAUCUAGUGUUCAAUAAGUGCUGCUGCUGUAACAGAGAGUCCCAACAGUUCAUGGGUUCACCUCCAUGUUAUGAAGAACAGGGGAUUUCCUGCACACAGGACUGGUGACAGUGACUGAUUCUGGCUGAAGAUCCAUAUAAUGUUCUGUGAACAUUAUCAGGAAACCCAAUGCAAGCUUAAUGGGACAUUUCUCUGAGAUUUCAUGGCUUUCUAUGAGGAUCAUUUUUUGGACAUUUUGCAAGACAAAAAGGAAAUGUUGGAGCAGAGAGGGGAUGACACGUGGAAGUCGGCAGAAGAUGGAAUCAAAAGCUGGCUCUCAACAAUAAGACCAAUAAGUCACAACGAGGACUUGUCUUCAAUGGUAUGCACUUUGUGACAUGAGCUACCAGACAUUGAGACUCUUGCACUGCACAUAAUGAGCUUUAAUUUUGUGACCAAUAAUAAGGUGCUACAACAGACUGCAACCCAAGUCCAACAACUUCUGCAUGUAUUAGGGCAGCUGGAUUGUAUCGUAUAUGUUGUAUAAGCAAAGCUAAAAGUAUUAUGCCUUAAUGACUCACUUCUUAUGGAUAGCUUUUGAAAUCUUGUGACCGACAGAACAAGCACACUCGCACUUUUAACUACACUUUACAACCCCUGUGGCUCGCUGAUGAUCCAAUGUACUCAGGAAAAAUCGUCUUCAUUUAGCAUUAGUGAAUUUCACAAUCUUAGGACUGAAUGGUUGUAUAAGGACUGAUAAGAGUGUGCCAACAGGAAGUUGGUAUACUUUACUCCUGCCCUUUCUCAAUGUAAGUAGGUAGAAAAAGUGUUGUCAGAGCCAGGUGCAUUGUGGACUAGGAACUCAGACUGGUAUUAAGACAGAUGUGUGAUGCGUGAGGUUGCUGAGUGAACUGAUCAUGACGUGACGGUUAAACCCCAGAGGGUUGUCAAAACUUAUCUGUUUAAGUUCAAUACUGAUUUUGAAAAAUUUAAGAUGUUUUCAACCAUUUUCAACCUUUGAGAUAAAACUUGCGCAAGUCAAUUUUAAACCCAUAAUGGAUGCAUUUUACCCAUACACUGUAUAAAAUAUGGACGCAGUAUCCGUGACGUCACCCAUCUGUUUCUGAAUGCUAUUUUGAAGCCAAUCGUCAGCGGCAGCCAUAUUGCUGCUGUCGAGCCAGUGUGACGUAAAGAGGCGGGCUUUGAGCCUCCUAGCCAACAGCUACAGUGUUCCCACAGGCAGCUGUGCCUCUCAUUGGAAGACUAGUAAUCUCAAUAUCUUCAAAAUUGCUGCGUUAGAAAAAAAUUCACCCCCCUCACAGUGAGAGGACAUCGAGAAAUGAGCUAUUCCGACUACACUGGUCUUUUGUACCAGGCUGUAAACAUGUUUAUUUCUGCUGUAAAGAUCGGCUUUUCCCCAUUCAUGUGUAUGUGACUUCCGGUACUUCCUGAGCUAGCCUCAAGUGGAUCCUCGAUGAACUGCAGCUUUUAACACUUCCGCAUUGACCUAUUUUAUACAGUCUAUGGCAUUGACUCAUAUUUUUUAGACCGGAGGUUGCCGCUUGAUUUUACCCCAAUACAAAUAAAGCAUUUAACACUGUUAAAUUAUCCAUGGUAGCAUGAUUACACAUCCUGGUGUUGAUAACUGCCACUCUCCAGCAGUCUAGCGCUCACAGAAAUGUAAUCCACACCCUUGUUUGUUCUUAAACCUGAUUGGACAUUAAUAGAUGCAUUCAAUGAGGCAGAUUCUGUGGGGAAAUUUGUUGUCAUGCUGGAAAUGACAGAAUAACAGUCACAUUAGUUGAAUGGGGUCACAUUUUACUCGACACACUCACUGAAAACCUCAAGUAUUUUCAUGUCAUCAGACUAAAGUCCGAGUCAAGUCCCGAGUCAUUGAUGCCAAAAUCCAAGUUGAGUUGGAAGUCUUUGAUGAUAUUGUCAAGUUUAGUCCAAAGUCAUCAAAAUUGUGAUUCGAGUCUGACUCAAGUUCAAGUCGCGUGACUCGAGUCCACACCUCUGUUUAACAGCAUCAUAGACAUUAAGGGUUGGAGUUCGUCUUCAUGAAUAUGUCUGGUAUUGAUUGUUAACUUUACAUCUUUGAUAUCAGUCUUUCCUGAAUGGCCUGAAACCUGAUUUAUUUUCAUUCUUAAUCAUUGUACUGAACUAUUAAAAACACAUUCAUGAACUGCA